CUGAAGGUGAGACAUGUGGGGAGACAGGAGCAAAGGUUGUGAGACGGUAGCCGGCGCCGGCGGCAGUGGGAGAGGGCACCCAGGGCGGCUCUGAAGAGGGGCAGACUCACCCUCACCCACCCACUCGCCCGUUCACACACGCGCCCCCAUCGCACACUACAGCCCGCACUCGCCAACACACACACACACACACACACACACACACUCACACACACCCUCCCUCCCUCUCCUCUUUCGGGCUCACCGUGGCAGUGAAUGCUUGCUUUCCUUCUGUGGCACAGCGCCCUGGCACGGGGCAGGAACACUGAGCUCUUCUUUCUCCCCUUCCCCGGCGACCUCGCAGAGCCCAAAAGGAAGUGGCCCUGCACCCUGCGUUCCCUGCCAGCCUCCCGGGUUUGGAUUUUUUUUUUUUUAUGACCCAAUUGGCAGGAUUGAAUCCCCCAAUAACUGGAGACAGUUCCCGACCUGGGAAGGUGGUAAGAGGGGAGGGCAAAGUGAAUUCAUCGACAGGGGGUUUAUCAGCAUCAACACAGCACCUUCUAUUCCGUGGGAACUGGUUUCUGGAGAGAAAGGUAGACUGAGGGAAAAAAACAAACAAAAACUUACUAAUUCAGCCAGGGUCCUCUCCUGAGUGCCUGCUUCCCUUCACGCGGUUUUCCGAUGAGAGAGGUGUCUGAAGCGCGGGGAGAGGGAAUAGGUUCGUGGGUGGAAUUCUGUGUUGGGGGAGAGGAUGGGGUUAAUUGGCUGGGUGUUGCUUGGCGGGAAGUUUCGGUGCAGAGGAUGUGGUGGUGUUAUUGCGAGUGGCAGGGACCCGCAGUCAAGGUUGAAGGAAGGACGCAAACCGAGUCUGGGCGAUAGGGGACCGUCCUCCCAGCCACAAACACCUCGGCGCAGCGGGCUGGCUGGCGACCGCGCUGCCCAUCUCCGAGAGCCGGGGGAGGAUUGUGCAGCCGACCGGGAGGAGGCGGGGAGGGCGCCGCGGGCGUGGGCUUGACGAAGCGCGAUGGCACAGACCCAACCUGACCUGGGUGUACCUCGACCAGAUUUGUCCCGGGAGCUUCCUGGGACAGCGACCAGAAAUGAUCCUGAGGUUCUGGGCUCGAGUUCUUUUUGUUUGCUUUUUGGUUUUGGUUGUUGUUGUUUCCACCUUAAGAUGAUGCCUUGGUAUGCACUCUACAAUUAAGAAGGGCCUGUGGACGUCGGGGACGUCCACCCGCGCUGGGGGGGGGGGUGCGCUGGGGCGGAUAAAGCGGCGCAUUUGCAUCGCGGGGCCGUGGGCUGCCUGACUGAGGCUGCCGCGAGCAGAUUAUUUAUUGCGACCGCGCCGGGCGCUCGCUGCUGCCACGCUGUGGCCAUCGCCGGAACCGACGCCAGCCGCAGCCCCGCGUCGUGCAGCCUGGCGCGACUGCUGCGCGGGCCCUUCAGAGGUUCCCAAGCAGCCCGAGGAGAGGGGGGCGAGGGAGGACCUCAGGGGCGGCCUCCCAGGGCCUGACUGGCCGGGAACCUCCCCCGCCUUGGCCACCCCUGACCGGAGCUGGACGCCCGACUAGACUCGAGUCCUGCCGCCAGCCCAGCACCAUGGAGACUGGUUGCACAGGCCGCCUGGCACGUCAUGGCUGCUUCUCUCCAAACUGCGCGUCCCAAGGCGCCCCGGGGGCGCACACUGGUUCGGGAAACGAGCCCGCUGUGGGAUUUUGAAAUCGGAGAUAGCACUCGUAGUCCUGAGGCCUGCAGGCCUGGCUGGCCCUGAGGAGGAUUGGCUAUGGCAAGGAAGGCGGGCUUUGGCUCCAAGCGAAGGCCUGUGACAGGCAGAGGCCGCACCUGUGUGCUAUGGGCUCUGGCCUGGGCUAGCGAUCCCGGCGGACGCAGUGGCCUUCAAGGAACCCCCCAGCAGGCCUCUCUCCAGACCGGCGGAGGUCGAGGAGCUCAGUGGGCAGCCCCAGAAAAGGGCGAAUGGUGAGGCUCUGCUCGCUCGCCAUCCCAUCCCCCUCGAAGAGCAGCUGAAAGGCUACGUGUGCCACCUGGUCAGGCAAAUUGUCAAUUUUAGGUCCAGAAGUGUCCAGACCACAAGUUUCUCAAAACUCUCUGAAAAAAUGGCUCCCUCCGAGUUAAGCAAUUCUGAAAGGCAUUCUCUGGGAAAAGUCUGUGGAGAAGCAAGGGAUCUUCUUGAAAAUAAUGUGGUCUCGGGCAAAGACUCAGCAUCUUGGCUGUCUGCUCAAAAAAUGCCUAGACUCUUGGUGGAAAUUGAGUGUCGAGCUGCAAAACCUCGAAUGGCAGAUUAUCAUCAUUUAAGGAAGAGAAGAGAGAGGAUCGAGAUUGUUUUUCUAAUAUUCCAGAACAAAAUGGCAGUUUUUGCCCAAGCUGUCUUGAUUGUUAAGGUAUUGGUAAGUUUUACAAAGCCAAAAUUACCCACAAUGAUCCAAAUGAUUAUGUCAUUUCUUCAAGUGUUUUGCCUGCUUCAGAUUUGGUCUUUAAGGGAGUUUGUUAUAACAGCUUAGAAAAUCCCACUUUGUGCUUCAAAAUCGUUCAUUGUCUGCCCCUUGCUAGGGCAACCAUAAGAGUUCACCCAGAGGACAAAUUUUCUAUCUCAUUAAUUUUUUUUUUUUUAAAGCGAACCCUACUGGCCCCUCAAACCCUUGGCCUUUAAAGACAGUAUUUUGCGUAAGCUCUAUAAGCCUCCUACAAAAAUGACCCUUAUACAUGCUCCCCUCUUUUUUCUCUCUUUUCCCCUCCUUCCCUCUAACACACACUCAUCUGCUUUAGUCACAGAGCCACACUGUGCAUGACUCCGGAGAUAAAAGUUUUGUCAACAUCUGAAAUCAACCUAAUCGGACAGGAGACACUUUAAUGGUCACAGUUUGAAUUAAGUACUUAACACUCUCCCCCAUGAAGAGAAAUGGCAUUUUGCAGGCUCUCUUUCCUAGUUUUGCUGAAAUCUACGAUAUACCCGGUGUUUUAUUACAGCAGGAAUUCAACUGUGACAGGCAUAGUAGAGUACUUAAUACCCAGGAUGGAGCUCCUGGGAAGAUUACCUAGAUAUAUGGGGAGUGGGCCCUCCACACAGCAUCUCUGACUUUAUAUUUACCUGUCCCAGGGUGCCCACAUUCCCCCCACUUCUCAGCCUCCUCCCCAUGGGAUGGGUAUCACCAUCUCUCCUCUGUCCGCCUGCUUCCCUGAGCUUCCAAUCUGUGCUGCUUUUCUCACCACUGCCUUUCCUACAGCCCUUUCAACAUAGAAACAUAGCCACAGCUCUUUGGAAUGGAAAGAAAGAAAACCCCCAAAGAAUCACUGUAGCAAACAGAAACCUGGGACUUCCUGUGUGAAUGAGGUGGUUCUGUGCAGGCAAUAGGCUGUUCUUUGUACUCUCUUGGUCUCUGCAUCCCUAGCUGCGGUCUGGUAUUGAAGAACACAGGCUCACCUUUCCCAACAGCUGCUCCUGUUGCCCCUUGUCUGUAUUAUACACUGGCCCAAGAAUAACUGCUUCCUCUCUCAUAGACUAGGUAGGGGCUGGGAAGGAGGAGGAAGAGAGUGUGUUCUAACUCCUUGAUAGCAUCAGGGAGGCUGCUGGCGCUGUUAUGAAACAUUCUAGUCUGAAACUUCAGUCUUGGAACUCUGGCAUCUCUUCUUCUCAAGGCCCCAAACUCAUGGGGGCCCCUCUCCCCUACCCCUGCUUUCAGGCCAGUCCCACCCUCUCUGGGAUUGAUUCCUGGGGCUAAAAGAGAUUCCCUGAUUGAAAGGAUGUCCAAGGCAAAAGAGAUCUGGAGCCCGUUUUGGUUCAGUCUUCUCAUUUUACCAAUGAGGAAACUGAGGCAGCUGAACGCUUCCCCUUCACGUUCUAUAUGUUAAUGAGUGUGUAGUUUGAACAGAGUCUUUGGUCUCACCUUGGGUAGGGGUAAGUGUACAGACAUCUUUUCUCUGCAGAAGCCUGGAAUGGACAUAUGCAUCUGAGCUUACACUUGAAACGGAGGGCCACAGGUGUCCAGAGGCCAGGGAAGAAGGGUGGUUUCUUGCCUGAUGAGCCACCAAAGCAGCUGGGGAAAUUAUGUAACCAAACUGCUUUAGCCAGUGCGCUGAGACAGGUGGGCUGACCUCUGGGCUCAGGAAGGGACUGACAUCAGGGCACCUGACUGUCCACAAUUCUCCUAGUCCUGGAAUGACUAAUUCUCCUAUGGCUGGCCCUGGAAUUUACAUGGUGGUGGCUUGCCUGGGAGCCGGGCAAGGGCAUCUGCGUUUCGGAGGCCUGGGAACUAAAAAAGUCAAACAAGGAUCCUGGUUGCAGCAGAUAAAGGUGUAGCGCCUGUUCGAGGGAGAUAUUGAAAUUGUAAUCUUUGUGGUCACGUGACUCAUUAAAUAAUUAAUGCGGAUCGUCAGGAAUGGAUCGGAGUCGUCAGGGCCUCACUAGGAAUGAAUCUCUCAGAAGAGAGUCCCCCAACUUCCUAUUUGAGUUUUAAAAGCACACAUACUCAGAUUUGUAUCCAAAGGCUUUUUAACUCCUUCAGGAGUGGUGGAGUGAGGCCGUCAGCGGCCAGGACCGGAGCUGGCGGGCCCACGCUGGGUCUUGGGCUUUUCCUGCAGGGGUUCUGCGAGUCUGCGGAGCACGCCGCGUCCGGGGAAACGUGAGUUGGGGCUCGGGAUUUCUGCGGUCACAUCUUGGCUUUGGUGAUGAAGCGGGACGGAUGCGCAGACAGUUGAGCGCCCAGACACCGGAAACGGCGGUUCCCUGAGCGCCCGGAGCUGGAGACACUCUCGAGUUCAGUCUUCGACAUCUUUCGAGGUCUACGCUGGGCGGCCAUUGGCGGCGGAGCGUCACGUGACCUCGGGGGCGUGCCAAUGUGCGCCCUCACGGGUGUCAAGCCCCUGUCAGAGUGUGCGAUCAAGAUCGUGAAACAACGCGAUGCAAAAAGCGACCUACUACGACAGCUCGGCGAUCUACGGUGGCUACCCUUACCAGGCAGCCAACGGGUUCGGUUAUAAUGCCAGUCAGCAGCCAUACCCGGCGUCCGCAGCACUGGGUGCCGAUGGCGAGUACCACAGACCCGCCUGUUCGCUCCAGUCGCCCUCAAAUGCCGGGGGCCACCCCAAGGCGCACGAGCUGAGCGAGGCGUGUCUGCGCACCCUGAGCGGUCCGCCCAGCCAGCCCCCGGGCCUAGGCGAGCCGCCUCUGGCCCCGCUGCCGCCCCAGGCCGCGCCCCCUGCCCCACCACAGACGCAACCCCCGCCGCAGCCCCCUGCGCCUGCCCCUGCCGCGCCCCCGCCCCCCUCGUCAGUCUCCCCCCCUCAGAAUGGCAGCAGCAACCCCACCCCCGCCAGCGCAGCCAAGAGCCCCCUACUCAACUCGCCCACCGUGGCCAAACAAAUCUUCCCCUGGAUGAAAGAGUCUCGGCAAAACACAAAGCAGAAAACCAGCGGCUCCAGCUCAGGGGAGAGCUGCGCAGGUGACAAGAGCCCACCUGGGCAGGCGUCGUCCAAGAGGGCGCGCACAGCCUACACGAGCGCUCAGCUGGUGGAGCUAGAGAAGGAAUUUCACUUCAACCGCUACCUGUGCCGGCCGCGCCGGGUGGAGAUGGCCAACCUGCUGAACCUCACCGAGCGCCAGAUCAAGAUCUGGUUCCAGAAUCGCCGCAUGAAGUACAAGAAGGAUCAGAAGGGCAAGGGCAUGCUGACAUCAUCAGGGGGCCAGUCCCCAAGUCGCAGUCCCGUGCCGCCCGGCGCUGGCGGUUAUCUUAACUCUAUGCAUUCGCUGGUUAACAGCGUCCCGUACGAGCCCCAGUCGCCCCCGCCUUUCUCCAAGCACCCCCAGGGCGCCUACGGGCUGCCCCCCGCCUCCUAUCCCGCACCCCUGCCCAGCUGCGCGCCCCCGCCGCCCCCGCAGAAGCGCUACACCGCGACGGGGGCGGGCGCGGGCGGCACACCCGACUAUGAUCCGCACGCGCAUGGCCUGCAGGGCAAUGGCAGCUAUGGGACUCCACACUUACAGGGAAGCCCCGUCUUCGUUGGGGGCAGCUAUGUGGAGCCCAUGAGCAACUCUGGCCCGCCCCUCUUUGGCCUAACUCACCUCCCCCACGCCGCCUCGGCUGCCAUGGACUACGGGGGCGCUGGGCCGCUGGGCAGUGGCCACCAUCAUGGGCCCGGGCCAGGGGAGCCGCACCCCACCUACACGGACCUUACCGCCCACCAUCCUUCUCAGGGAAGAAUUCAGGAAGCCCCCAAGCUCACCCAUCUGUGAUGGUGGGCUCGGGGCUGCGCGCCAGGAGAGUCCCCACCCUAUCCCCACCCCCCCCCCCACCCCCGCUACCUACCUUUCUUUUUCGUUUGCUUUUUUUGUUUUGUUUGUUUAAGGUUCUUCCCGCCCCUCCCUUUUCUCUCUCCUCCACCCCCCAUUCUCCCCCCCCCCCGCUUUGUUUUCUUUGGUAACACGUUUUUAUAGUUUAUGUGACGUAGCAAUCUUGGUUGCUGGAAUGGCUGUCAGUAUCAGUAGCGAUAUUUAUCUCCUCCCGCCCCUCGCUCGGCCGCUGGCCCUGCACCCUUUACCUUCUCUACUCUUUGAUCAGAAACAGGGUAUAUGAACAAAUUUUCUAGCCAAGUUCUUUGAUGUGAAUUUGUUCGUACAUUAUGGCUCCCGAGGGGAAGCGAUUACUUUUUUUUUUUUUAGAUUUUAGUAUUUUUUUUAAUUGCACUUCUUGUAAAGAGCGAGAAAAAAAUCAAAGGCGCUUUGAAACAGGGGCUCCCUGUGCAAGGAUGACUAAGUGUACGUCUUUCCGUGUGUGUAUGCUGGUGAACAGUCAGAUUUAUUUAUAUUUUUUUUGCAAGCAUUGAAUAAGUUUUAAAUAUUAUUUAUCCCCAUCCGUUCGUAUUUAUAUUAAAGAAAUUCUGUACCCUGAUUGUUCAGAAGGUUUCUUGGGCCUUUUGUUCAAUGGUGUAUUGGCGUACAUAGAAAAAAAUUUUAUUCGAAAGGGAAAUAGAAUUCCUUUAUAAAAACAGUAAUGAUGCAAUAAUACCAGAGAGGAUCCAGCUUCUGAAAACAGUGAUUUAGGUUUGUAACAUCAAGCGAAACUGAAAAAAAAAUCUGUAAACGCGAAAAACGCUAGGUUUGUUUUGAGAGUUCUACAUUCCUUGCUGCUCACAUUCUGAGAAACAAAACAAAAAAAUAAAAUAAAGUUUCUAUUCUGAAUAA